AUGUAAGGUAAGAUAUAGGAUAAGAGCUUUGAAAAUUAUGUAAAUAAGUUAAAUAGAAACUAUAUUUUGAGAUAGAAUUAGAUUUAAAUCAAUAAAUAUAGAUCAUGCAAUUUACCAAAGUAGAUAAUUCCAAAUUCAUUUCAAUCAAGUGAAAUGUUAAAUAAUUUAGAAAAGGCAAAGUUUCCAAAUAAAUCAGAGUUAAUAAAAGCAAGAAUAUAGAGAGGGUAUAUUAGUAUGAAUAAAUUGGGAGAAGAGAGUAUAUCUUAAAAGAAUAAAGUAGUACAAAGAUUUAAUUUUGUAAGAUUUGAAUUGAAGAUUCCAAAAACUUAAAGGUUAUUAAUGAGAAGUUUUAGUAAUAGUAAUAAAGCAUAAGAUAGAAGGAUAAAUAUACGAUAAUAAUUGGAUAGUAUAAUAUAUAAUGAAAUUGACAAUUUAUAAUAAUGA